AUGAUAAAGUUGGAAGCUUGGAAGAAAUUCGCGGCAGAAUUGACACGAAUAAUUCAGUCAAUAAUCGAAUUUGCUAAAAUGAUUGAUGGAUUUAUGCAACUUAGCCAAGAAGAACAAAUAGCCCUGUUGAAAGGAUGCGUAUUUGAAUUGGCAGCAAUAGUGGUUUCAAGGCAUUAUAGUGCCGAAAGUACCUCGCUUAUCAUCAAUCGAGAAGUUGUUCCUGCUUCAGUUUUUCGACCUUCUGGUCAAAUCGAGUUGAACUUUUUUUUAGGGAUGCAUAGUUGCAUUCAUGAAUUAUCACAGUUACGGUUAACAAACGCAGAAAUGGGUUUGUUAUCCGCUUGGAUAUUAUUAGAUCGAUCUUCACUUGGACAAUAUGUCAUUGAACAGUUCAGAAAUUGCUUACAACAGCAAAUGGCUACAAAAAUAGCUGAUGUUGGCCCUUUGAUGGAAAAGUUAUGUGAAGUGAUUCAACGUUUACGUGGACAUGCGCAAGAGCAUAUUCGCUUAUUAGGAGAAUUAUUCAACUCAUAUCCACAAGCAACUGAGAAAGGUGCGCUUCCGGACCUAUAUAAAGAGCUAUUUUCACCACCUUUAUCAUAA